CCCCACACUCGGCUGGUCUCUGCUGCUUCUUCUCUUCUUCUUCCUAUUAGUACUGUUAGCAGAUACAACUGCUUCUUCUUCUUCUUCUGCUUCUUCAUCUACUCUCUCUCUGCUACUCUCAUCUACUCCGUCGGGAGGAGGCAGCCGAGAUGUCGUGGAAACUCACCGACAGGCUCGCCGAGAAAAUCAAUCACUAUUCCUCCUUUCCCGCAACUGGCGUCUCGCUCCGGCAGAUGGUCCAGUUCGGGCAACGGCCAAAUCCUGGAACCCUCUUCCGCGGCGCACAGUUCCUCGGCGAAGAACUCCCCAUCCGCCUCGCCCACCGCGUCAAAGAACUCAACAACCUCCCCGACGGCCUCUCCGAAAUGCCGUCGAUCCAAAAAGUCCGCAACUGGUACGCGCAGUCGUUCGAAGAGCUCAUCGAGCUGCCGCGGCCGAAAAUCCCUCCCCAGCUCCGCGAGCUGCUGAUCAAAGCCCAGCGCCGCGACACGAACGGCGAGCACUACGGCCAGAAGCUGCUUGAGAAUACAGAGAAUCCGAGUCUGGCAGGCGAGGAUUAUCGCGAGAUCACGCCGCAGAAGAAAAAGAGCAUAAACUCGCGGCGGUACUUUGUGCUUGUCGACGACGACAUCUCGUGGUCGCCCGAGAUCCACGAGUACAACAAGCUGUUUACAAAAUGCCUUUCGGUCAUCAAAAAACGACACGAUCCCGUCGUCACCACCGUCGCGCAGGGAAUAAGCGAGUACAAGCACUCGCGCCAGCGCAUGCAGAUCGAUAGCACGAUCCAGUCGUUCCUCGACCGGUUCUACAUGUCGCGAAUCGGGAUCCGCAUGCUGAUCGGCCAGCACAUUGCCAUCAACGAGCAACCCUCGACAGACAACUACGUGGGCGUAAUCUGCACAAAGACAAACGUGCGCGAGCUCGCGCAGGAGGCGAUCGACAACGCGCGGUUUAUCUGCCAGGACUACUACGGGCUCUACACUUCGCCUCAGGUCCAGCUCGUUUGCAAGCCUGAUCUCAAUUUUAUGUACGUGCCCGGACAUCUGAGCCACAUGCUGUUUGAGACGCUCAAGAACUCGCUGCGGGCGGUGGUCGAGCUGCACGGGCCUGAUGCGGAUAAUUUCCCGCCGGUGAAACUGAUUGUGGCGGAGGGCAACGAGGACAUCACGAUCAAGAUCUCUGACGAAGGCGGCGGCAUCCCGCGCAGCGCGAUCCCGCUCGUCUGGACGUACAUGUACACCACCGUCGAAACCAUGCCGUCGCUCGACCCCGAUUUCAACAAAAGCGAUUUCAAAGCGCCCAUGGCCGGUUUCGGCUACGGCUUACCACUAUCACGUCUCUACGCGCGGUAUUUCGGCGGCGAUCUGAAGCUGAUUAGUAUGGAGGGCUACGGCACAGACGUGUAUCUCCAUCUAAACAGGCUGAGUAGCACAUCUGAGCCGCUGCCAUAGGGGUUUGUCCCGAGUUCGGUCAAGAAUUACUAUAAAUGACAAGUAGAGAGAGAGAGAAUGGACGGGGGUGGUGGUGGUGGUGGUUGGUGUUGACGUUUAUUGUAUUACUGUUUGACUAGAACGAGGGACGCCUUGAGUAUUUGCCGAUGUGAAGUGUACGCUAGUCCGGGGAUGAAAUCCGGCGCGCGGGGAGGGGUAAGAAGCCGGGAUUCUUUCCAACCAUUAUAUCUUGUUUUUAUCUUGUGUCGUUUGUUUGUUUGUGUUUUUUUGAGUCAAUUCGGGCGUCUUGUGUCUCUUUUGAUGGUCUUUUGUUUCUUCGCUCGUUGCGCCUACAUCUUGUUUUGUGUUUGUGUUCUCUCUGAUUUUUGUUGUUAUUGCGGCAUUCAGUCUUUUUGCCUUCAUUGUUUUGUGUUUAUAUCGAUUGAACGGAUCUUACUACAAACAUAUACAUAAACA